UCAAUUAUGUGUGAUUGUGGUAGUGUGACACCAUAAAUAUUUUAAUGUCACCUAUCGAAGUUCAGAAUAUUAAUUAUUAUUGUUCCGUCUUUCAAAUGUUCAAUAUAAUAAUAUAGAUAAUUUAUUAUUAUAAUACCUAUUAUAUAUGAAUUACCUUCCUUUGCAAUAUAAUUGAAAUUAGAAUGAAACGCUCAAGAAGAAUGAUUGAAGCUGCUAAAAAGGUCUCUAGAAAUCUUUUUCCACCUUCGACUCAAGCAGGGAAGCGUGAUAUUGAUAAAUUAGCCAAUAAAACUGAAGAUAAAAUUAAUGAGUGGUUAAUGUCUUGUGAAAAAAAAUCAUUAAGUAACAGCAGCAAAUCUAACUCCAUUAAGGAUACUGCUGAUGAAGAACAAAACAAAACUGAUUUAUCUGUCAACAAAAUUAAUGAAAAUGUAUUCAAUGACAAAAUUACAAAUUGGUUAAAUGCAUGUGAACCACUGAAUUAUAACAACUCAAGAGACAUUAUUAAUAUGAACCAGGAUCUUCUGAAUAUUAGUGAAAAUACAGAGCUUACAGACACAUUAUUUUUUUCAAAUACUCCUGAAAAUGAUCUAGACAUCCAUGAAAUGGAUUUUAUUUACAACAAUGAUGAACUAGUUCCUGACAAUAACACACCACUUGAUGACUUGUUUCCUAUUGUUAUACAAAUACCAUGCACUACUGAUCUUGAUCAUGUAACUGAACAUGAUACACCUGCUAAAGUCUCAAACAUAAGUUCAAAUCCUGAGUAUGCUGAACCUGUACAGACAAAUCCAAGUGGUAGAAAAAGAAAUAAAAAAAAUCAAAAGAAAAUAAAACAAAUAAAAUUAAACAAGAUUCCUCAUGAGUGGUUAAUUACAUGUCCUCACUCCAAUAAAAUAUCAAAAAAAUGCAAUGUAUCAAUUUUAAAGCCAACUGAUAUAAGCGCUUUUAAAACAAAUUUAUGUGAUUUAUCUUCCAAAAUAGAACAAGAUAAAUUCCUCCUUACAAUGAUGAAAAUUAAAUGUCCAAUAAGAACGGAUCGUCGCAAAGGAAACAAAGAAGAAAAAACAGUGAUUGUUUAUUAUUUGCCUACAGAAAAAGGUGACCUUCUUCAAAUCUGUUCAAUUGCAUUUACUGACAUUACAAGAAUUACAAAAAGGCGUUUAAAUAUAUUAGCUUUAAACUUAAAAAAAAGUCAUAGUAGCCCCAAAGAAAAAAGAGGAGGAUUUAGUAUUACAAGGGUAAAUACAUUUGACGAAAUAACUAUAUCUAUUAAAAACCAUAUAGAAUCUUUUAAAAGUAAAAAGAGUCAUUAUUGUAGAGAAGAUACAGGCCGUAGUUACUUGCAACCCGGUUUAUCUGUGGCAGUUAUGUGGAAACAUUGGAAGAAAAAGAGGGAAGUUAGUAAUCAAUCUACUGCAUCUCUAAGUAAAUAUUAUGAUGUGUUUUGUAAUAAUUUUAAUUUGAGUUUUGGUCAUCCAAGACAAGAUGUUUGUUCAUUUUGUUCUGAAACUUCAAUUAAAAUAAAAAAUGAAAUUGAUAUUGAGAAAAAAGUUGAUUUGGAAGAUGUAUUAUUGGAACACAAAAAUAAAUCAAAAUGUUUUUCUCGAAUGAUGGCAGAAAAAAUACCGAAUACUGUUCAGGUAUGUUUCGAUAUGAUGCAAAAUCAACCACUUCCUAAACUGAGUGUCACAGAUACAUUUUAUAGUAGGCAAGCAUGGGUUUAUAACCUUACUUUUGUUAUAAUGUCAGAGAAUGACCAGAGUAAAGAUAACUGCUACUUGUAUACAUGGCACGAAGGUGAAAGUGGUCGUGGACCAAAUGAGAUUGGAUCAGCUUUGUUACACUUUUUGGACAUUCUAGAAGAACGGUUUAAAACAGAGCUAAGACCGCCCACGAGACUCAACCUUUAUUCUGAUUCAUGCUCUGGUAAAAAUAAAAAUAAAUUUAUAAUGGGUUUAUUAUUAUAUUACAUGAAUUGUAAAGAAACUAUAUUUGAUAAAAUCAAACACAUUUUUCCUGUCAGAGGACACAGUUAUAUGGCUGCAGAUCAGGUAUUUGGUAGGAUAGAGAAAGUUCUAAUCAGAACCGAUAUUUUCAAUAGGUCAACGUCAUAA